AUUAAUUACAGAUCUGCAUAUUACCAUUGUUUUCUCUUUAAAUAUUGAUAUUAUGGUGUGAAAGAGGCCUUACAUCUGUUAACACUGAUAUCUGAUUCAAUAUUCUGUGUUCUAAGAUGUUCUGUGUUCUAAGUUUGAAAAGUUAACCUCAAUUUUUCCUGCAUCCUAAUUCGAAUUAAAAGAUCGAGAAAGUGAAUUUAAUUUUUAUAACAAUUGAUACAUUUCUCGUAAAAAAAAUCCGAUGGAAACCGAUAAUUGCCCUGAAACAAUUAUGGAGGAAACCAAAUCAAUUUUCAAAAGAGCUUCAACAAGUGAUUUAGACAAAAAAAUUAUAUACAAUGCCCUUCAAGAUUUUAGAACUCACUUCAAGAAGUUAUCAUUAGAAAAAUUAGAAAAAGAUUUCAUGUUUUAUAUGAUGCCUUGUAUAAAGGAUUUGUUUUUUGAGAUCUAUAGAAGUAAUGAUGAAAUGGAUUCUAUACAAAAAGUCGAAGAAUUAUUAGGCAAUCUGACAAUAACAAUAUCACUCACAAAUUUCAUAGAAGAACUUCUGAAUUGUAUUGCUUCCCAGUUAGAAUCUACCAAUUUAAAUUUACUCAAGACUAUGAUUUUAGAAAUACCAAAGUGCCUAUUUCUAACAUACAACCAUUGUAAAAGAAGUCAAAAAAAGUACCAGAAUUUAAUGAAUGACUGUAAAGAAAUUUUAUUAUUAUAUAAAAAAAAUCAAGAAUGUCAUAUGAAAUUUCUUAAUAUUAUAACUAUUAUAGCCAUCGAUGCUAAGGAUGAAAACAGUACAAAAAUUCUGAUUGAUUCAAUUCAAUCCAUAUCCAAUAUAACUGAAAUAUUGUUUGGACUAAAUAUAAAAGCAUUAGCCGAUAGUUGGAAAAGCUAUUGUUGUGUGAUUGAAAAACAUCAAGAAAUUUUAGCUGCUGAAAAAUUCUACUGUAUUAGGGAAAUUGAACUUCUGGGAUUGCAAAUACGCGAUUUCAUGAAUAUUGCACUGGAAAGUAAUGAUGAUAAACAGCUUCUUCAGUACUUAAAAUUAUCUGGAUUUCUUUUAAAAGUUGCUCUGAAAAUCAUCAACAAUUUUUGGCAAUUCCUAAAUAAUGAUCAUUUAGAGUGUAUACAUAACUUAGUUUGUAGUAUUUAUAAUUUUUCUCCAGAGAUUUCAGAUACAUAUAAAUUGACAGUCAAUGUGAAAAAUGCCAUUCAAACUUGCCUAUUAGAUGUUUCAACAUCUUUUGUAGAAGAAAAGUUAUUACAGAGAGAUAUUUUGGAGAAAAUGUUAUCAAAACUCAGUUCAUCAAAAAGCGAUUUGAUUGGUUGUUUGGAAUUUAACAUGAAAAUUCUAGAAUUUAUUAAUCGUCAAAUUCCAGAUGAUUUGGAUUAUAGUUUCUUCGCUUCUAUUGUGAAUCUCAUAUUCAUCAAUUUCUCAAUAUGGUUUCCAGAACCUUAUUCUGAAGAUGUGAUGAAACAUCUUGCAACAAUUAUUGAAAAAUUGUCUUCCCAUUUCAGUAAAUCCAUUGAAGCUCAUAACAGCUUUUAUAAUGAAGAUUUUGAAUCUGUGAUUUUCUCAAAUAUACUUGGAAAUAAUAUUGGAUGCCAUAUUUUGGCUUCGACCACUUGGGUUCAAAUAAUAAGCAAAUUGUCUUCUGAGUCGAGGAAGAAUGUUAUUACCGAAUUAUUGCAAGUAAUCAAUAAUAGUCAAAUUGAAUUAUCAUUCACUUCAUUAAAAAUCAUAUUUCUAAAGAAAUUCAUGCAUAAGUUAUUCAAUUCACUUGAUGAAGAGGAAAGAGUAUAUUUUCUGAAUCUCUAUCCACCAUUGGAAUACAAAUGUUUAUGGAGAAUUAUAGGACCAAGUUAUAAUACAGAAAAUGAGACUCUGUUAUUGAAUCCUUUGUUGGAAUUUCUCUCUUUAAACUUGAAAGAUGUGAGAAAUUCCGCUUCUGCUCAGGAAAUCAUUGAAUCGGUUGAAGCACUGAAAAUGUUUGCAGGAGCAUCCAAGUCAAGUUUAGAAAUAAAUGGCAAGACAUUGUGUAAUAUUGUCCUGACAUUAUGGGAAUUAAAUUUUGAAGAGGUCCCUAGUAAUAAUCUAUUUUUGAAAUAUUUCAUUUCUUGUUUGAGUGAAGUUACAGUGAAGUUGAUGAACUACUUUUCAACUGAUCAAGUUGUUUCUAUACUCAAGAGAAUGGAAAUGCUUGCAACCAAUAAUUUAUUCAAAGUCAAAUUAUGUUUGAUGCUUAGCGCGAUGUCCACCAAACAAGCAGAGCAUAAUAUGGAACAGAAUAAAUUGAACUUUGUCAUCUCCGAUCUUUUCGAGUUAUUACUUAGGGAAAAUGAUGAAAUGAUAAAGGAAGUUAGUUUGAAAAUAUUUCAACAAUUCGCAUAUAACAAUCACUUUAUAAUUGUGAAUAAUGUUUCAAGAAUGUUACCCGAUCUGAAUUUGGAACAAUACCUGAGAACUAAUGGUAAUAAAAUGCAUUCAAAUGAACAUUUUAAUGUUCCAGAUUUAAAAAGCAUGGAACAUAAAUGUCUAGUGGAGUCUAGAAAAUCUAUUUCUGCUAGAAAUUCUUUUGCGUCUAGAGAAAAUUCAUUUGAUUCAUCGAAUAAAAACUAUUUUUCAAGAGAAUGUUCAUUUGAAACAGAAAAUGAAACCAUGAAAUUGAUCAAUAGACCAUCUGCAGAAUCAAAAAAAGGCUUUACUAUCAGAAGCAACGGACCUCAGUGGAAGAGAGUUAAAUUAAAUGAAGAUGCUGAAGAAGAAAGCGAUAGUAUUAGUGAUGUAUUACAAAGAAUUAAGAGUGAAAUUAAAUGUUUGAACAAAAUUUUAUCUAAAGAGAAACCGACCCCCAAAAAUGCCCAAGACAUUAAAAUGUUAGCUUAUCAAAUACAAAAUCUCUUAGAGUAACGAUUUAUUUUAAUUAUAUUUUGUGGCCAACUGUUGUAAAUAAUUUGUAAUUAAAUACAUUUUUCAUUUGA